AUGAACUAUGUAUUGGUAAAACGGGAGGGCGAUUGGUGGCUGGGAAAGAUUAAAGACAUCAAAGAGGAUGAAUUCUUUAUCGACUUCAUGUCUCCGGCUGUGGCGGCAAGCUGGAUCCAUACGCGCCACAUCUGGCUCCACCAUCCUCUUCUGCACUAUAAUUACACGCAACCCAGCAGUGUCUCAGUUCAGGUUGCUGUUCGACAGAACGACCAUGGUCCGUACGUUUUUCGGUCCGGCACUCUGCUCCGACCCCGAAUGACCAAUGAGUUUCGGUCAUUUUACUACGUUGUUCUGGAUAAUCAAAACCAAUCAGGAUUGGUCCGAUGCAACGUCGUUCGUUCCUUUCAGAUCAUUGAACGUCUGCCGUCACCGCACGAGGCGCCGAUUUGUGGUUUGCGCUCGUCACCGAGAUUGGUUUGGGUCAAACGUGUCAUACCGUUUGAUAAAGCCUUCCUCAUUCAGGCUAACCUAAGUCAUCUUAAAAACUGCGUCUCGUAUUCCCAAUCGAAUGGUGGAACAACUGCAUAUCCUUCGCAUAUUCUUAGCAACGCCCAGUUCCUGAAGAACGAACGAAGAAUGUACGUGCGCGUGGACAACGACACUGUGACUUUUAUUUUCUUGGAACAGCACAGUAAUUCACCUGGGGAAUCGGCGGUGUGUCAAGAGGAGACCCUGCAUCGCCGUUGCGCAGAGUAUUACAGGCAAUGCGUCAAAGUGGAGGGCGCUAAUCGAAUGCCGGCAGCCGGUAUCCGCCUUACCUUCAAUAAAUUUGAUUCGCAAACCGAGACCAUAAACGGCCUCCCCUUGCCGGUGCUCGAAAAUGUCCUACUGGGUCUGGACUUGUUUGACCGAUUUCGUGCGAAAAGGGUCUGCGCGUUGUGGCAGGAUGUUCUAGCCCGUCCUGCAGCAGACCGGCAUCUCUUCAUAGACACGCACCAGAUUCAGAAAUUCGAAGUGAGUUCGUCGCGGCAGCUCGACUACGUAUUUGCCGUGCUACUGGAAGAAUCCAUCACGAUUCACACCCGCACCGUCUCCUACAUUUCCUCCUUCUGCGACGACUUUUCAAAGCACACUGCGCAUCUUCUCAGCCUCAAAGCGGUCAAGUUAGAUAGGCUCGUCAUUAAAGGCGGCUACGAUUGGGUGGGCAUUUGGCACCACCAACCGGUUGCUGCGGAGUCCAGUUUUGAUUGGACCUGCAACUGUCUAAAAGAGUUCUUUCCAUUGUGCCAGCAACUGAUCCUCGUCAAGUACACAUUAUCCGGGGUGCUCCAGACACCCUACCGCAUGCAGUUUGGUGUGACGCAUAAUCCGUAUUACAAAAUGUGCAUCGAAUGGCACGAAGAUAUUGCCCAUCGCGAGCUCUUCCUUGAUGUUGUGGUAUCGCGGUUAACUAUUGACUGCAAUGGUUCCAAGUCCCAAAUUCUCCGCGCGAUUCUCAUGGCAAGUGAAACCAGUUUUCCUUUUGUCGGUUAUGCCGUGUACGAGCGGGUAGCGGCAGUGUAUCAGCGAAUGCUCCUGACCUUGACGUAUCCCGACGACUGGGCGGAUAUCCGUAUCCUCCUGCAAAUAUAUAACGGAUUUUGGCCAGAUGGAACUGCGCGAAACUGGAAUGAUGUGGACCUACGGAAGCUGGAUGUCACGCGGCUGACUAAAAUGACCUUGCACGUACUGGAUGCCGUUUUUCGACUGUGAAUUGCACCUAACCACACCGGACGUGCAGGCGGGAGAAAAUAUCAUCACUUUUCGACUUUGAAGCUUGCUGACCCAUCUUGUAAAUUUGCUAAUAGCAUUUGGGCCUUCUAUACUA